CUAAAAAUGCAUGCUAUGGUUGUCCUUGUCCUUAUUUUGCUAUGCUAUGCUAUGCCUUGCUUUGGUAUACUAUACUUUUCCAGGUCCUAAACCUCGGAAAUCUGCAAAAUCAAAAUUUCGUUUUACAUGCUUCUUUUUGAUAUCAAUUCAACCACUCUUGACUGCGCUUGGGUGGAUCCAAAAUAUGUUCUUUCAGUCUAGUGGAUGAGAAUUUGCAAUUGAUGAUUUCCAUCUUUUAGCUCGCUAGACAAUUUGUCGACCAAACGUCGAUCUUGAUUGAUAUGAAUCCAUCAGUGAAAAUCCUUGCUUUACGAUGUAAAUAUAUUAUAACGGUUGACUCUCUUUUGACAAGCGAAUGUAAUAUUCAUGUUAAGCUUUUAAAGUUGCUCAACACGAUUUUAACGUACAGCUGUUGAAGAAGCAUGUAUGAAAUACGAUGAAUAUUCAAGUUUACCAAGAAUCGUAAACGUCGAAAAGAAAAAAAAAUGUAUAUAAAAAUUUAUGGAAACCCACUUUUACUAGUAUCGUCAAUUUUGCAUCCUCGCAUAUACACACACAGGCAUACACACUCUGAGUCUCUCUCUUUAUUUUCUUCGUAUUCAUGAAACGACCUAGUUACUCAAGACGAUAAUACAUAUUAAUAUUUCUCUUAAAUAUGAUAUAUAUCAUAGAAAAUAAAUUAUACAGCGAUAUUGUUCUAAGAACCAUUCUUACAAAAAUACAGUGCCUGCAAAGCAAAACUCGUAUUUGAGUCCCAAUAGAUUUUCCGGUUAUAAAGUCAACUCUUUCCGGUCUCUAUUCCUCUCUCAACUCUUCUCUAUAAGCUCACUUGGCUCGUUUGUCUAUUUCUCCAUCUGGUUGGUUCAUUCUUUCUCUCUCACUCUCUCGGUCCCUUUGUUUUCCUUCCAUCUUUUCUUUUCUUUUAAUUUCAUUCCAUUGGAUCUAAUUGAAUUGAAUUGAAUUUACAACCUCUCCUUUCUGACUUUUCCUCUUCUUGUUGUUUAACCAACUCUAGUGAUACGCUAUUCAGCUCAGAGAAGAGCAAGCAUGCCUCUAGCUUGACUUGCCAAUCUCCUACCUAUUCCUGCCAUGGAUAAGAAUGUGGCUUCCUUAGAAGCAGGUCUUGUGCAACAAUUAUUAAGCACAAAAGACGAUGCUUGGAAAAAUUUAGCUCCCGCAGCUGUCGAAUUGGUAGCUGCUCAGAUGGACCAAGUUUGGCAGCAAGCAGGAAGUCAUCACCUCCAUAGAAACGAGCAGGACGAAAUUCAUUUGAUAUAUCUCUUACACCGCUGUUUAAAAUCUCAUUUAAUAACUCCCAAAACAAUCAUGCAGGUCUGCGCAUGCUUUCUCACUUCUAGUGACACCGUCAAGAAUCUUGCUUGGUCGUUUUGUAAAGAGUCCGACUCGGAUGGAAUGGCUUUACAAUUUACUCAAUACUUUCAAAGUUUUGAAAAGAUUUUUUCCAUCGACCUUUGUCGCCUUUUUAUCGUUUGGACAGCCGUGCAUUGCAUGUCCUCCUCUGUAUAUUAUCCCGCUUUACUCGAUCUCUUACCCAUUCUUUCCAAAGUCAUCCGUCAAAACAUAGACAAUCCUAAUAAUGUGGAAGAGAUGGAAAAAGAGUUUUGGCUAAAGCGUCUUGUUCAGCAUUGCCUUUACCAUACUUCCGAUUCAUCUUUACUCUUUUAUCUAGAAAUGUUUUUGGAUUCCCACGAAUUACAACAAUGUCUUGUCGUCAUUUUGGAGGAUCAAACCCUUUUGAAACGCGUCAAGGAUCAUGGUAACCCUGAAAUUCGCAUGAUGUUGGACAACGCUCUUAAACAUUACAGACAAUUACAGGCGAAACAGGCUUCUACUGUCUCUCGCGACACUUCCAAUACUUUUGGUGUCGACUCAAAUGACGUUCAGAAUCUUGUCGAACUUUUCCCCCAACUAACCAUAGAAAAAGCCGCUGACUAUCUUGCCCACAGCAAUGGUCAAAUGGACCUAGCUUGCGAAGCCAUAUUAACGAAUUCUACUAUCCCUGAUGAAUCCUCUUCUUCCUCUCAUCCACCUCCUCCUUCAGCUCCUCCAGUUCCUUUGAAAUUCAAUGAUACUGUCAAAGCAAUCGUCCCCAACCAUGCUCCAUCCUCUGCUAAUGUGGAAUCUUCACAAGAACAAGAUCGUCUAGAUUUAUUAAAUGUUGAUCCAGAAAAUAUUUAUGUAAACAAGAAACCAUUAAAGGACGAUUUUUGGAAGUCUUCUGCUCCUAGCAACCAAAAAGCAAGAAUUCUUGACUUGCUUGCGUUGGCCGAAGAUGACGAGUAUGAUGAUACAUAUGAUAACACUGAUGCAGUUGCACCCGUAGAUCCUGGUGUUCAAGAUGAUGAUCCUGAAGCAACUCCCAGUAUUGCCCACGACUACCAGCGCUAUAUUAAUCAAGUAUUAUUGAGUGCUUAUGAGAAAGAUCCUAAAGUCUUCGAACAAAGCGCUAGAAAAACAAAGGAACGUGCUGAUCUUAUUAAACAAGUGGAUAACGCUAUGACUCAUGAACAGAUUGAAGGUUGGCGUCGUAUGUUCACCAAAGAUACCAAGUUUGCAUCUCUCAUCAAACGUGAAGUCCAAUUCGAAAGUGGAAACCAGAAUGUAGGAUCUCUUAAUCGCUCCAAAUACCGGAAGUCAAAUGACAAACCCGAAGAAAUUGUUGAAAAACCAUCCACCCCUAGACCUUCAAGACCCCCUCCCAACCCUGCUUUGGCGAAAAAGAAAUAUGUUCGACGAAAACCAAAUAAAUCGUCUAAUGAAAAAAAAUAAUACUGUCAUUCCUGUCUUUUUGUUGGAUAUUUAUGUAUAAGUUAUAUAUACUAUUGAUGAUGGAUACAGCUCAGAAACACUUAAUGGGCUUAAAAACUACAUUUUGGUUCACUUAUGUCAAAUAAGUAAGUAAAAAUAAAUAAAAUCUUAGAAUUCAUUGAAUUGAUUAUCUUUUUAAUACUUUUCACAACUAUCAGGCGCAGUAUUGGUGAAUUC